AUGGGCUAUAAUGAUUGUAAGCUACGACAUCAAACUGAUCCUGAUUCUACCCUUGACAAUUCUUCUUUAGUAUGCAAUUAUGAAUCAGAUUUACUCUCAAUUAAAAUAAUUGAACGUGGAAUUUUCAAAGGGUAUCGAGACACACGUCGUUUCAAUUGCUAUUCCAAACGUUGCAGAGUAACUGAUGAUACAAGCAAGGUCUGUGCCUAUUGUAAAUACUUGCCAUAUUUUUCGUCGCCGUUAAAGUUUGUAAGAGCUACUCGCAAAGCAAGAGACAAAGAAGAUGAAAAUAACAACAAUAACAACAACAACAGCAGCAGCAGCAGCAACAACAACAAAAACAGCUACAAAUAUAGCAACAAAAACAGUAAUAAAAAUAGCCACAAUAGCAAGUGCACCACUGAUGGUGCCAAGCACAGUAAAUGUUACAACAAAGGAAGUGAAAGCGGUGCAACCGUUGUCGAAAAAAUAACCCAAGACCAAAAGCUCGCUAAUGUUCAAUCUGUUAAGAGAUACCAUUACACUAAUGAAAUACAUUUUACCGGUCAAUACAAAAAUAGUGUAAAUGAUGAAGGCAAGUUGGUAAAUAGACGAAUUUUACGAAAUUCAAGCUUGACUUGUGAAAGCUUCUGUAGUGACAGAAAGGGAAAAGGGACUACAAAACACGUUGAGAAUAAUGAUUACCUUGAAACCAAUCAUUUCGACACGCAACUUAAAUCCUUCACGUUUAAAAAACACGGACAUCUGUAUCACGAAUUUGGUGAUUUGCAUAGUAGGAAUCAUCGCGUUUUGGAAAGAAACAUCACCUGGGAUGAGUUGUUUGAAACAUUAAGUCAACUUAUCGGUCACGAUUGGGAGGAAGAAAUUGAAGGAGAAGAAAAAGUGAAUGAAGUAAAUGUUGCAAAAAAGAAUGGUGAUGAAAUUACGAUGCCUCGAAAUGAACCUCUAUUGCGAACUAACAGUGACUUUGAUAAUGCUAUAGAUGGCGAGCAACAGGGCAAAGACGACGAUUAUAAUAACGAUGAUGAUGAUGAUGAUGAUGAUGAGUUGAGCCAACUGGAUGACCGUUAUUUUGAAAACUACAAUUAUAACGAAAAAUAUUAA